AUGCUCAAUAUGUCUGGCAGUCACAUUGCGGGCAACCGCAACAGCACCCCGGAGGCCAACACAAACCCGUCUCUUCGCCCCCCCUCCUCGAGAGUUAUGGGAGCCAACAGCCACCUUCGAGCUUCUGCCGACAUGGCUGCGCUCUCCAACGCAUCUCCCUCGAGCCGGAUCCGCCCGUCGUCCGACUUCUACGGCUCUCAGCAGGGCCAGGGUCAUAGUAACCCCGAGGCCGAUCCCCAAGACAAGAUCGCCCAACAGUGGAUUGCCGAUAUCGACCAGUACGAGACGACUUUGGAAGAAAUGGCCGCUGCUACUCUCGACCAGGACUUCAAGGACGAACUAAGUGCUAUUGAGCAGUGGUUCAGGGUCCUCAGCGAGGCCGAGCGCACUGCUGCUCUGUACGCCUUGCUGCAGCAGACCACCCAAGUGCAGAUUCGGUUCUUCAUUCAGGUUCUACAGCAAAUGGGCAAGAACCACCCCAUGUCGGGCGUCUUAUCCCCGGCCAACUUCGAUAAAGGCACGAAUGAUUACACGCUUCUUACUAUCCUGCUGUCCUUCGGCUAA